AUGCAAACCCUCCAGAUCCAAUCACUCACUCUUCUCUCCCCUCACUCCGCUUCUCCACUUCUCACUCUAAAUCAAUACUUUCUUUGCCACCAAAACCCCUUAGAAAUGCUCGGCUCAUUGAAGUCCCAUGAAGAAGGUGAGCAGGACCCUGACCACCAUAACCAUCACCACCGCUCCCAUCCUCACCACCCCAACCCCCCGCAUGCCUUCCUCUCCCUGUCGGCCCACGCCCGCCAGCUCGUGAUCAGCUGCGCCGAGCUCAUCCACCGGGGCGACAUCUCCACCGCCCGCCGCACGGCCUCCCUCCUCUCCGCGGCCGCCUCGCCUCAUGGCGACUCCGCCGACCGCCUCGCCCACCAAUUCGCUCGCGCCCUCUCCCUCCGCCUCGCCUCCCCCUCCCCCUCGGUGCCCUUCGACACCUCCUCCGAGGCUCUCCAGUCCUCCUACCUCUCGCUCAACCAGGUCACCCCGUUCCUCCGCUUCGCCCACCUCACCGCCAACCAGGCCAUACUCGAUGCCCUCCAUGGUUGCCGCCGCAUCCACAUCCUCGACUUGGACACCUCCCACGGGGUGCAGUGGCCACCUCUCCUCCAGGCCAUCGCCGAUCGCUCCUACGCCGAGGGGCCCCCGUCCAUCCGCAUCACCGGCACCGGCACCGACCUCGACGUCCUUCGCCGAACCGGUGACCGCCUCCAGACCUUCGCUCACUCGUUAGGCCUCCAAUUCCAAUUUCACCCUCUUCUCCUCCCCAUCUCUAGCACUAGUCCCGGCAGCAGUACCAGCACGAGCAUCCCCUUAAUUACUACUGCUGCUGGUGGUGGCGGUAGUAGUAAUCUCACCUCUUCUUCCUUCCAACUGCAUCCUGGCGAGACCCUGGCAGUGAAUUGUGUGCUGUUCUUGCAUAAGCUCCUCAAAGACAGCCGCCACGAGGAUGAUGGCUCGCGCGAACUGAGGGCCUUUCUUCAAGCAGUAAAGGCGAUGAACCCGGUGGUGGUGACGGUGGCGGAGAGGGAGGCCAGCCAUAAUUCACCGAAUUUCUUGCAGAGGCUCAUGGAGGCGCUGGACUACUACACGGUGGUGUUCGAGUCUUUGGAGGCGACGCUGCCGCCCAAAAGCCAGGAGCGGCUGGCGGUGGAGCAGGUGUGGCUCGGGCGGGAGAUCGAGGACAUCGUCGCCCGGGAAGGAGAGGGGAGGAGGGAGCGGCACGAGCGAUUCGAACGCUGGGAGGGCCUUAUGAGGGAUGCUGGAUUCUCGAACCUUCCCCUCAGCCCCUUCGCCCUCUCGCAGGCAAAGCUGCUGCUCCGACUGCACUACCCGUCCGAAGGCUACCAGCUUGAGAUGGUGAGGGACUCCAUCUUCCUUGGUUGGCAGAACAAGGCACUAUUCUCAGUCUCAUCUUGGCACUAG